GGCUCACUCGAUGCUCUCUUCCACUCCACACAAAUGCACACAGGUGGAGAAUUAGGCACACCGAAAAGUGGAGCCAAAUGUCAGACAAAAUGUCCAGUUUCCUCCACAUCGGGGACAUCUGCUCCCUGUAUGCGGAGGGAUCCACCAAUGGAUUUAUCAGCACUUUAGGUCUGGUGGACGACCGUUGUGUGGUGCAACCAGAAUCUGGGGACCUAAACAACCCUCCUAAGAAAUUUCGAGAAGCAGCCUAUGUGAUACUCCAAACAGCGAAUCAGUUACUCCGACACAGAUCUCUGCGGUUGUUCAUGAGGAUGAGUGUGUAUUCAUUGUGUGUUGUUCAUUGUGUGUAUCUUAACAUAUCCAUGUAUGUCUGUAUGUAUAUUUUGUUUGUGUCAGCUUCAUUAAACAGAUGGAUGGGAAGCGGAAUUGUCCAUUACUUUGGCUUCAGUGUGGUUCAGCAUGACCCGUGUCGUGGUGGCGCUGGUUAUUGGAAUAGUCUUUUCAGGUUUAAACACUUGGCCACAGGACACUACCUGGCAGCAGAGGUUAAUCCUGACUAUGAGGAAGAGUCACAGGAAUCACGUUCAUCUGUGGCAGAUUUUUCACCCUUUAACUUCCAGCUUGACUCAGAGCAUGAAGCUCUGCGAGCACGUCUGCGAAUGCCCAACGAGAAGGUCAUGUACACCCUUGUGUCUGUCCCCGAUGGCAAUGACAUCUCCUCCAUAUUUGAGCUGGAUCCCACCACCCUCAGAGGAGGAGACUCCCUCGUACCCAGGAGCUCAUAUGUGAGACUGAGGCACUUGUGCACCAAUACGUGGGUCCACAGCACCAACAACCCCAUCGACAAAGAGGAGGAGAAGCCAGUUAUGUUACGGAUUGGCACAUCACCUAUCAAAGAAGAUAAAGAGGCCUUCGCCGUUGUGCCAGUCCCUCCUGCGGAGGUGAGGGACCUAGACUUUGCCAAUGAUGCCAGUAAAGUGUUGGCAUCCAUCGCCGGCAAGCUGGAGAAGGGCACAAUCACCCAGAAUGAAAGAAGGUUUGUCACUAAGCUUCUCGAGGACCUUGUGUUUUUUGUGGUGGACAUUCCAAACAGUGGGCAGGAUGUUUUGGAGAUCAUGGUCAAUAAACCCAACCGUGAACGGCAGAAACUCAUGAGAGAGCAGAAUAUCUUGAAACAAAUCUUCAAGCUGCUUCAGGCCCCAUUCACAGACGGUGGUGAUGGGCCCAUGUUGCGUCUGGAGGAGCUGAGUGACCAGAGACACGCACCCUUCAGGCACAUCUGCAGGUUGUGUUACCGUGUGCUGCGACAUUCACAGCAGGACUACAGGAAGAACCAGGAAUACAUUGCCAAGCAGUUCCGCUUCAUGCAGAAACAGAUCGGCUACGACGUGUUGGCCGAAGACACAAUAACGGCUCUCCUCCACAACAACCGCAAACUCUUGGAGAAGCACAUCACGGCGGCAGAAAUUGACACGUUUGUCAGCCUUGUGAGGAAAAACCGUGAACCAAGGUUUUUGGACUACCUGUCCGAUCUGUGUGUGUCCAUGAACAAGUCCAUCCCAGUGACUCAGGAGCUGAUCUGUAAUGCGGUGCUGAAUCCCGCCAAUGCUGACAUCCUUAUAGAGACCAA